UGCAGUGCGUUGUGCCCAUGUGAUAAGAGGAAGAAGUGUGUUUCACGUAUAGACAUUGUAGAAAAAUUUGUAAAAUAUUGUAAUAUUAUAAAAAUAAUUGAUAGGACAGUAAAUAUAUAUUGAUGUCCAUUUAAUAAGACUUAAUCAGAGAAGAUUUUCAUAAAGAAAGAAAAAAUAUGGCAACCGAUGAAAAUUCCUGGCGAACUCAAAAUUUUCGGCAAAGUGUAGUAGCAAAACUUGAUGAAGCUGUGCAAAUGUCAGGUAUGCCUACAGCAAAAAAUAGCAUUGAGAUGGAAAGUCAUGUUUUUCAGAAGGCAAAAAGCAAGGAAGAAUACUUAAGCUUCAUUGCAAGACUUAUCUUCCAUGUUAGAGAAAUGAAUUCUAAAAAAGGAGCUGGAAAUAUUGCACCUGGUAAUGCUGGAAGCGGUGGUCAAGGAAUGCCAGAUCCGAUCGGUGCAUUGCAAACUUUAGCAAGGCAGGGAACAGGCAAUAAUCAAAUGAUUGGGAUGGGUGGACCUGGGCCUAAUCCACAAGGCAUUGUACCACAAUCUUCUACAAAUACAGCCACUAAUCUCUUGCAAAGUUUAAAUCAACGUCCUGGACAACCAAUGACUAUGCCUGGUUUGCCAAAUAAAAUGUCUGGAAUGGGUAUGAUGCAAUCUGUUGGUACUAUGAGUCAUAUGAAUGCAAUUCAAGGUAUGCAAAGUGGUGCAAUUUUAACUCAAAUUAAUCAGAUGAAUCAAGGAAAUAUGCCACAGCAAAUGAAUCAAAUGAUCCCUACUCAAAUGAAUCAAAUAACUACUGGACAAAUGCAGCAGAAUAUGCAAAAUCAAAUGCAAAAUCAAUUGUCAGGACAAAUGUCUAAUCAGAUUGGUGGGUCUAUAAAUAGUAUGCAAACUAAUAUGCCUCAACAAAUGAAUCAAAUUUCUUCUGGCCAGAUGGGUCCUGCUCAAGUGACACAACAACUAAAUCACAUGCAAAGAAAACCUGGAGAAAUAAUAAAUACUGUAUUUCCUGGUCCACGCAAUGUUACUCCAAACCAAUUCUUAAGACAAAGUCCAUCUCCUUCUGCCCCUAGUCCAGCAGCUUUAGCAGCACCAGCAAGUAAUCAAAUGGUAGCAUCACCAGCUUUGGUACCAUCUCCAAGUCCACAACAUCCUAUCAUAGCAGGACCACAAAGAUCUGUAGGUAUGGCACCAUCUCCUAGUAGCUCAUUAAAUACUCCAGUAGCUGUGGGAGCAACACCUAGCCCUCAACAAGAAGAUCAAGCAUAUAGAGACAAAGUUCGACAACUUAGUAAAUAUAUAGAACCAUUGAAAAGAAUGAUUUCCAGAAUGGGAAAUGAUGGAAAUGUCGAUAAACUAAGUAAAAUGAAAAGAUUGUUGGAGAUUCUAUCAACACCUAGUAAACGUAUGCCGAUGGAAACACUGUUAAAAUGUGAGGUUGUAUUAGAAAAAGUCGACUUCAAAAGGGGCGAUGGCAGUGUCGGGCCACCUAUAACAACUUUAAAAGAACAUCAUUUCUUUAGUCCACUUUUGGAAGCAGUAAGCACUCAUUUACAAAGUCCGGUAGUAAAUCAUACUUUACAACGUACUUUUGGCCCAUGUUUAGAGGCAUUGUUUGGACCAGAGAUCAAAACUUUACCACCGUUGAAGAAACAGAAGAUAGAGGAACCACCUAGUGAAAUACCAGAUGUUUUACAAGGAGAAAUAGCACGUCUUGAUCAACGAUUCAAAGUAAGCUUGGAUCCAGCACAACAAAAUGGUUCUAAAUGCAUACAAUUAAUAUGCUGGUUGGAUGAUCGCCAUUUACCAUGUGUACCACCCGUAUCGGUCAUUGUACCUGCUGAUUAUCCUUUAACACCACCGCGUUGUGUUAUGACGCCUCACGAAUAUACCACAACAUUCCUUUGUGCCGUUCAAAAGGCACUGAACGCUCGUAUUGCAAAACUUCCACGUCAUUUCUCUGUAUCACAGUUACUCGAUACUUGGGAAAUGAGUGUAAGACAAGCGAGUGCCCCAACGCAAACUCCUGUUACAGCUAGUACGGUCUUAAUGAGUCUAUAGCACAAUUUUCUAAACGAUUGACUUACUGUAUCCUUAUAAUAUAAUAUAAUUAUUGUAUCAAACUCUUUAUUUUAGUAUAUACGAAAUGCUUACCAAAAAGUUGAACGGAGAUUAUGUGUGUGUGUGUGCGCGUGCGUAUGUGUUUUCAAAAUCUUAUCAUCGUCCAAAAUAAAUGACAUACAUUCCUUGAAAUAAUAAUGAAAAACCUGUACAAUUAUUUGUUCUUCGCACUUAUCUAAACUCUUAAAUCUUUUAUAUCCUUAUCGCAAUUUAUUUUUAGAGUCACUAAUUCAAUAGUUCUAUUAGGUAUGUUGAGAUUAUAAGAUACAAUACGUGAUCUGUAAAACUCGUACGUUCACUGAGGAACCUACAAUAGAAAUGAUAUUAUCGGAAUCAACCGUGAACACUAAUGCGCAUGUCACCCUUUAACAAUAAAAUGAAAAAUCGGAGAAAAUAAGUAAAACGACGAACGUUUAAAAUAAUUAUACUUAAACGUUGACGGUGUAAAACGACGAGUAAAUAAUAAAAAAGUUAAAACCGAGAAGAAUAAGUAAAACAAUGGAUUUCAAAAGUAAAAAUAUUCUCGGUAUGAGACAACGAAUCAAUAAACAAGUUCUCUCGAUCGAUGAUGAAUAUAAAAUUGCUCAUUUAUGGGAAAUAGAAAAUUACUAUGAUAAUAACACUCAUUGUCUGGUCGAACGAACACAUUUAUUCUAUACGAGAAAAGGGAUGUAACACGAUAUUUUUUCAAAAUGAUCAGUCUUAGGCAUCUCAUAAAACAUAUGUUCACUUUCGAACACCUUUGUUGGCGUUAUAAGUAUUGUUUAUCUUUGAUAGGCUGUUGGCCACCAUUAUAUUCUAAAAGACAAUUAUUUAAAAGAUUUUUCGUCAAUUUAUGUAUAGUGACUUUGAUUUUAAUACAGGUGAAUUUUUCUUUCAAA